AUGGAAUGGAUUAUUAUGGUAUUGCUCUUAUUUGGAAUGGGAAAUUUUCUGUUAAGUGUUGUCUCUUUUGUGGUUCUUCCCAUAGCAGCUGAUCAAACUAUUCGCACACUUGCUUUUACUGGUCCCAUACUACCUGCAAUAGCGGUAUUGUCUUUGGCUUUCUGUCUAUUUUAUCGCAAGAAUGCUCCUCAUGAUACUGUUACUACCGCUAUCUUUGCCUUAUCAUUUUGGUGCUUGCAUUUAGGCUUGAGCAAUUUUAUCAUCUACUGUAGUAUAUUUAUUACUAAUGGCUACUUUCAUCUUUCUGGCCCUACGAUCCUCUUUAUCAUCAACGGUAUCAGCACUAGUGCAAUACUCAUCGUUGCUUUCAUAUCUGUCAAUAAGUAUUACCUAACAACCACGGAUGAUGAUGGUAAUGAUCACAAUCAUACCAGAAGAGGUAUUUGGGUUCGAUAUAGCUGGGCCGAUGAAUAUGGUUGUUGUGAUGUUCAAUACAAAACGUUAGCGGUUUGGCAAAUUUUCGCUGGGAUAGUGCUCACCAUUAUUGGUAUGGUUGGAUUAUUCAAUGUCACCAUCGUUUAUCCUGUUGUUGCUAUUGCUGCUGGUUCCAUGAUAUUUACAUCGGGUAUCAUGGGAGAAUUUACAGCUAAACUGAAUUCAGCCAAUACUGGUAAUUGGUUUGUUGCUUUUAGUCGAAUUGCUAUGAUGGCGUGUUGGCUAGUGAUGAUUUGUGAUAUCGUUUAUAUGGCGCAGGGGGCCACAUCAUUUAUUUCCAAUCGUUCUCUGAUCUACGUUUUCCUCUUUAUUUUACUGGCAGCUUCCAUAGUUGGCUUUUUUUUCGCAGUUUAUGUUGAAGUUUUAGUGGGAAGUAGGCUGGGACUUCACAAAUUUGAUUCAGUUAGGAAUGGCGAAGAAUGGAUGGGAUAUGAAUAUGCGAUCCAGAGUCGAGAAUUUUGUUUUGCUGUCAUCCAAUUUAUAAGCGCAAUGAUAUGCUUUGUAGCCGCAGUCUUGGCUAUUGCUAUUUUAUAUGGUGAUCCUAUAGUUGUAUUUACUGGCUUAACUGGCUGCCUCUUAAUGGCAAGUGGUAGAACUGCUGCUAACAUCCUUCGUAAAAAGUGUGUCAUGACUUAUAGUACUUAUACUAUUUUAUGUGUACUGACAAGUUUCUUUAUAGUAGCCAAUCUUAUCAUGAGUGGCUAUCAACUUUUUCUGAAGAUAUCAUCCAAUGAUGCUUCGUCUACUUUCCUUGCUGCUUGUAUAAUGAGUAUUUUUGCAUCACUAAUAGCCUUGCCUACUACGUUGUAUAGUGUUCAUUUUUAUUACAUGAAAGUGAAGUCAUUGCUUGCUAACGAUACAAGACAGAUCCGUGUAGCGCAGAAUGCAGAAGGCAAGCCGUUACUUGAUCAGGAUAUUUAA